AUGGCUAACCUUGGUAACAACUCAGUCGGUUCAACUCUUGUUGGCUAUGAGAAUUUGGCCCUUUCCGUAUGUUUGGCAAUGCCGGCAUUCCAAAUGACAUUUGCCACUGAAGUCAAUGGGCAACUGAUUAUCCCAGCCUACUGGCAAUCCGCCUGGAGCGCCAUGUACAACGUCAUGAUGGUUUUUGGCUCAUUCACUGCGGGAUACAUGCAAGAUCGGCUCGGCCGUCGGUCUGUCCUCCUGCUGGCCUCGAUUGUGGCUGCCACAGGCAUCGCCAUAAGCUUUGUCUCGGAAACUCCUCCCCAGUUCCUUGGCGGCAAGAUUGUUACCGGAUUCUCUGUUGGCUUGUUCACAACAACUACACAGACAUAUGUGUCUGAGAUCGCGCCCCUGCCAAUCAGAGGUAUUGCACUUUCCGUCAACACCAUUAUGAUGAACCUUGGUCUUCUUCUUGCCAUCGCCACGAGUUUCUCUCGUGUUGCCAUCAUGGACAAGUCCGCCUUUCGCGUUGUCUUCGCCGCGGCUUGGGCGUUCCCUGGCAUCAUUGCCGUCGGCCUUCCCUUCAUCCCCGAGUCGCCCACAUGGCUAGUCUUCAAGAACAGGCACGACAAGGCCCGAAAAGCUCUCGAACAGCUCUCCGGUCCCUAUGAGAACGUCGAAGCCCGUCUAGCCCAGAUCAUCGACAAUGUAGAGACCGAGCGCCGGUUGCAGCUCGAGGCCGCCUCCUUCGCCGAGUGUUUCAAGGGGACCAACUGGCGCCGUACGCGCAUUAUUCUGAUCUGUUUCUACAUACCCCAGGUGAUCGGUGCCGUUCUCUCGUCGAACGCUCCCUACUUCCUCAAUCAGACGGGUCUUUCUAGCAGUACGGUCCUCAUGUUGGUGCAAGUAGGCAUCGCGGCCGGUGUCAUCUCGGCGCUCUUGAACGCGUUUAUGAUGAUGAAGUUCCGCCACCGCCCGCUCAUGUUCUUCGGCGUUGGCAUAUGCGUUGCCAUGUACUUCACUAUGGGCGUCGCCGCCGCGUUUCCCAAGACUAACACGUCGCUCCUGGUCAUUGGCGUCGCGCUGGUGUUCACCUCCAUCUCCUAUGGCCCGGCUGUGGGUGCGUCGAUGGCCGUGGCCGGUGAGGUUUCCGCGUCAAAACUCCGUGCCAAGUCCCUCGGCAUCGGCGUGGCCUUCUCGUCCAUUGUCUCCACCAUCUGGACCAUCGUCCUGCCGUACCUUUUUAACGUCGACCAGCUCAACAUGGGCGGACAUAUAGGCUGGAUAUUCUUCGUAAUGGGAAUUUUGAUGUUGUUUGUGCUCUACUUUGAUGUUCCGGGCACCAAAGGUAGGACAUUUGAGGAGCUGGACAUCAUGUUCGAGUUGGGCAUUUCGGCGCGCAAGUUUGAAAAGCACAAGCUCAAUGAGGGGCUUGUGGAUACUAAGUGA